ACUUCCGGUCGCGCCGCUGUGGGCCGGGCGAGAUGGCUGAGGAGAGACAGCCCACGAGAACUCAAUUUCCUGCAUCUGCUGAAUCUCAAAAACCCCACCUGAAAAAAGCUCCAGAGUUCCCGAUUUUGGAGAAGCAGAAUUGGUUGAUACAUCUCCACUAUAUCCGGAAGGAUUAUGAAGCAUGCAAGGCUGUUAUCAAAGAACAGCUUCAGGAGACCCAGGGGCUAUGUGAAUAUGCUAUCUAUGUCCAAGCACUGAUAUUUCGCCUGGAAGGAAAUAUCCAAGAAUCCCUAGAACUCUUUCAGACAUGUGCUGUUCUCAGCCCACAGAGUGCUGAUAACCUCAAGCAGGUGGCCAGGUCUUUAUUUCUUUUGGGGAAACAUAAAGCUGCCACUGAAGUAUAUAAUGAAGCAGCUAAACUUAACCAGAAAGACUGGGAGAUCUAUCAUAACCUAGGAGUUUGCUACAUUUAUCUGAAACAGUUCAACAAGGCACAAGACCAAUUGCACCAUGCCCUACAUCUUAAUAGGCAUGAUCUGACUUACAUAAUGCUGGGGAAGAUUCACUUGCUGGCGGGAGACUUGGACAAGGCCAUCGAAAUCUACAAGAAAGCUGUGGAGUUCUCACCAGAAAAUACAGAACUUCUUACAACUUUAGGAUUACUCUACUUACAGGUUGGCAUUUACCAGAAGGCAUUUGAACACCUCGGAAAUGCUCUAACUUAUGACCCUGUCAACUACAAGGCCAUCUUGGCAGCAGGCAGCAUGAUGCAGACCCAUGGAGACUUUGAUGUUGCCCUCACCAAAUACAGAGUUAUAGCUUCUGCUGUUCCAGAAAGUCCUCCACUUUGGAAUAACAUUGGAAUGUGUUUCUUUGGCAAGAAGAAAUAUGUAGCAGCUAUCAGCUGCCUGAAACGAGCCAACUACUUGGCACCCUUUGAUUGGAAGAUUCUCUAUAAUCUGGGCCUCGUUCACUUGACCAUGCAGCAGUAUGCAUCAGCUUUCCAUUUUCUCAGUGCAGCUAUCAACUUCCAGCCAAAGAUGGGGGAACUGUACAUGCUCUUGGCGGUGGCUUUGACCAAUCUGGAAGAUACAGAGAAUGCCAAGAGAGCUUAUGCUGAAGCAGUCCGCCUGGAUAAGUAUAACCCUUUAGUCAACUUGAACUAUGCUGUGCUGCUCUACAACCAGGGUGAGAAGAGGGACGCCCUGGCCCAGUAUCAGGAGAUGGAGAAGAAAGUCAACCUACUCAAGGACAGUAGCUCUUUAGAAUAUGACUCUGAGAUGGUGGAAACGGCUCAGAAGUUGGGAGCUGCUCUCCAGGUUGGGGAGGCACUGGUCUGGACAAAACCAGUUAAAGACCCCAAAUCAAAGCAACGGACAACUUCAACCAGCAAAGCUGCCAGUUUCCAGCAGCCUCUGGGCUCUAAUCAAGCUCUAGGACAGGCAAUGUCUUCAGCGGCUGCAUACAGCAAGCUACCCUCAGCAAUGUCCUGAGCACCUUUCACUUAGUUGGGACCCAAGGAGGCUGAAAUUCCAAGAGUCAAGCUGACUGCACUCCCUCACCCCUGCUGCCCACCGGUGGUUUCCAGGCACUUGGUCCAGAAGGUAAGAGCAUCUGGCUGCUCUUACAUCCUCUGAGGGAGCUGCUGUGGAAUGACUGCUCAAGACCAAGUUCAAGUGCAACUUCCUUCAUGAAUGACUGUGACUGCUCCAGCCUGAAGUACACUUUCAGUACUUUAAGCAUCCACAGAGAUUUUCCUUUCCAUGGUCUGUGGUAACCAUUUUGCUUUGAGUUAUCUCUUCUACUAUUUAGAACUAGUAGUCAAACCUAAAUCAUUUUUCACACAUUUGUGCUACGUCUCCCUGAACAGAUUGCCAGCUCUAUAAAGGUAACACAUAUGUCUGGUUCCCACAGCAUUUGUCACAGCCCCUGGCACAGAGCGCCCACUCAGCACCUACUAAUCUGAUCCCAGUAGAGCAAGCAUGUCAAACUUGUGGCCCACAACAAGUAUUUUUGCGCCCAGUCAGUAUAACGGUAUGUAAGAAGCAUUUUAAUAAAAAUUUCGUAACUUGAUUUUUACAAUAA